AAUAAUUAGUAAUGGAGGAGUAUGAGCCAGUAGACACCGAUAAGAUUAAAAUUUCUAAAAUCAAGACAGAGAAAGAUCUUGAGAAGGAAGUCAUACAAAUCUCUAAGAUACUCAAAGAUACUACGACAGUUGAUUGGAAGGAAAGAGUCAAGUCCAUGGAAAAUUUACAAGGCAUCGUCCUCUCCGAAGGAUGCGUAGGGAUGGAAGCUUUCCAUAGGCUAAUAGAGAAGCUUGCAAGACCAUUAAUCGCACAAUUAAUGGAUCUCAGAUCAGCAGUAACGAAAGAAGCUUCUCGGACAGUCAGAAUUAUGGCUCAAUCACUUGAAAAUGACUUCAAUAAUGUUGCUUCAAAGCUGAUGGAUUCAAAUGGUUUAUUUAAACUUGUUUCGUGUGCAACUAAAAUCAUAGCUGAUCAUGGAAAUUUGUGAUGUUUGUCUCUCAUCAAUUACUGUCAUGAUCCAAGAAUAAUUGAGAAUGUAUUUGCCUCACUCAAUAACAAAAGUAAUAGUUUAAGAUCAAAGUGAUCCAUGUAUAUUCAUAUUAUUCUUCAGUCUUGGCCAGAGUAUGUUCUUGAGAAGUUCCUCGGGACUCAAGACUCUUCUUCCCUCAAAGUCAAAAAUAAAUAUGGCGACUCGCACAAGCGCAGAGGAGCUCAUUCUAAAAACAGACUUGCCAAAGACUCCAAAUUCGGAGGCAGCAGCGCCCCCCAAACCUUCGAAGAGUACUUCAGACACUGCUUAGAAGAUGCCUCUCCUGACUGCAGACAUUACGCAAGGCAGUCUCUCCUCACAUUCUACGAAAUAUGGCCAGAAGAAACUGAGGCCGUCGUCCAAGAACACAAGGUUGUGCUCAUGAAACACAAAGAAAUGAUUUCUAAGCUUGGCCCGCUUCUCGGUGGCACAGGCAGCUCUGCAGGAAUUGGACACGUUGGAAGACAGAAAGACAGAAAAACUUACAAAGCUCCAGCUAAGCGCAACCACUUGUCGCCAUCAUCAGGAAUUGGACGCAGAGAACAAGCCAUCACCAAAUCACAGAACAGGAUCCAGUCGCAGAACAAGUUCUUGUCAGAAGAAAGAGACAAGCCCAGCAUUCCGAAGCCCACUGACCAUGCUGCUUCGGUGUCAACUGGGUUUAGGAACUACAGGAAAUAACCACUCGAUCAGAGAGCGAGACUCCAAGACUUACGUGAACAGGUUCAGUGCCAAGAAGCGCAGCGUCAGCAAAGACGUCAUCGGACAGUACAAGUCGUCGAACUUGUCGUCUGCGUACAAUAACGGCGUUUACGAAGCCAAGAAGGAAGUUGACAAUGACCCUGAUCUUCACGAGCUUGAUGAAAAGUGUCAGGAUAUUUCUGAAAUUGAAAUUGACCCAGAAGACAACAAAGAAGCGUCGUUGUACCCUAAGCCGUACCAGGGAUAUGGGCCAUCGAGCAAGUCUUCGAGAGAAGAAAUCAAAGAACUCAUACACAAAGCUGAUGGAAGCAGCUGGAUUGACAGGAUCAACGCUUUCGAACAGCUAGGAAACUAUCUAGGCAACAAAGCCCAGUUCCUGCCUGAUGUCACAAUGUUCUGAGACAUUGUCAACUUGCAUUUCAAACACCUCGAUGACUCUCACUUCAAGAUCAUCUUAGCAGUCCACAAGAACUUCGGUAAACUGAUCCAGAACUUCGGUGAAACCAUGGAGCCCUACUUGAGUGAAGUGAUUCCGCCUCUGCUGAUUAACCUGAGCGACAAGAAAGCCAAAGUCAACAGCAGUGGAAACAUCCUGCUGAACCUGCUGAUCCAGAGGUAUGGAGGAGACAAGCUCCUCGACUACUUCUGUGAUAUCCUCGACUCCAAGCAAGCGUCUGUGGUGAUCGGGGUGGCUCUGGAGGUCCUGUCCACCCAGCUGAUCAAGGCGACAGACUCUUACUUCAAAGACAAACUCAACAUUAAGAAGCUCGUCAAGCGGAUCGGCAAGAUGUUCUAUGAGUUUUCGAGCGACCGGACAAUUACGAUGCCUGCGCUUGGGAGCUUGCUGGCCUUGAGGGACAUCGAGAUGAGCAGGACGAUCAAGGCAAUAAUUAAUUUACCGAGCCAGCAGUUUGAGAUUGUGAAAGAUAUGUCAGACUCGUAUGCUCCUGAUUUAUCAUCAGAUUUAAACACCACUGCUAGUGACCAGACACAAAUGUAUAGUAACCCAAGUACUAACUACCCUAAAAGAGAUUUAAAAAUGAACAAGUUCAAAUCAGAAGAUAUUGAGAAAGCUCCUUUAGCUGGAAAAGCUCUUAGUUAUCAACAUGAGAUGCCUAAGACAACUCCUUAUUUCCAUGACUAUGACAAAAUCCAGUCUAAUAAAGAACCAGCAGUACGUAUGUCUUCUCUGAAGGAAUCAUCCAGCCAGGGUUUAGACCAUAAAGAAUCUGAUGAAAAUGAUUACGAAGAAGAACUCGACAAUGAUCAGUGUAUUGAUUGUGUAAGCUACUAUAAACGAAUCUCUACGGGAAUUCAUUCUAAGCAAAAUAUGCAAAAGGUCACUCCAAAAAGUAAACCUUACUACGUCCAUAUCUUGAUCGAUCACUACAGUGACGAGGAGACUAUCUAUCAGAUUAUUGAUGACCUCCUAGAUGCGAGCGACAGCUCGCAUAAUGCAGCUGAGCUGCUGCUGAUCAUCUCGAAUCUGAUAGAGAAGGAAGAGCCUCCAGUAUUACAAGCAUUGAUUAAGACUGAGAAGUAUAUAAUCUCUAAAUGAAAUGAGGAUGAGCUGAUCCAUAUCCUGAAGGAUAUAACAGAUCCUCUAGUCACAACAUUCAACCACCCGCAUGCGAAUGUUAGGAAGAGUGUGGUUUUCUGACUAGUUGAGCUAUACUUCGCUGUUGGUGAUGCUUUCGAGAGCUGCCUUGAAGAACUCAACCCUUCUCAACAAAAACUGGUAUGAAUAUAUAUUAAAAGGAGAAACGAAGAAGAACAAUAG